AUGUCUUCUCCACCAAUUCCAAAACGGGUGUUUGCGGUGUCAGACACUCAUCUCAAUCUCCAGUUGAUCUUUGACGUCAAAAACGGAAGGAAUCACAAGAAACCUGCCACCGUUCCAGAGAAAAAGCAAUUUCUGUUAAAAACUCGAGACAUGGCGGUUUAUGGUUGGGAAAACUAUAUUAAAAAAUUAAAAAAGUCGUGGGACACCUCAAUAACGCAAAACGACAUCGUUUUGGUGUCGGGUGACGUGGCAAUGUCAACCCGCAAUCCGCUGUUAGAUCUGAAAUUUCUGUCGGAACGCCCCGGGUUUAAGAUCAUAGGGUGUGGUAACCACGACAUGUGGUGGCCUUACUCAACUUCACAAAAACGAAACUAUCAGCUCAAAUAUAAAAACAUGUUCUUUUUAGAUUCGACGAAUUAUUACAAAGAUGAGAAUAUAUUAGUUGUUGGAACGAAACUUGCUGAUUAUCGUUUUAAUCUUUGGCCGGCAUAUUCCGACACGUUUGAAGAAGAGAUGUAUGAUCCCAAAAUUGAAGACCACCGUUGUGAAAACGAAACCCACAAUCUCGAGAUUGUUCUCAAUACGCUCUCAAAGCAUCGGGGAUCUCUUAAAACCAUUCUUAUGAUCCAUCACCCACCUUGCGACCAGAACAUAACGCAAAAUGAGAUUUUAGAAAUGAUUGUUCAAGCUCAACCCGAUUACUGUAUAUUUGGCCAUGUUCAUUCUUUCACUCAACUUUAUAAAGAUCCAAAGAUACAAACAAUAGAAGAUGUCAAGACAAGAGCCCCAGCAGUAAACUUCAUUAGAGGGCAGACUCAAUUCAAUUGUGUUGCACUCGAUUACUUGAAAAAUCAGCCGAUGCUGCUCUUUUCUAUCCAACAAUAUUUUCCCUUUCUCGGAAUCACAAAGAAUGGUUUUAUAUAG